AUGUCGACCGCACCUGUACCUAAUGGGGGAUUCGAACACCGCACGUCGAUUUCUCUUGUGAGGAUCCAGACUGGUUGGGGCGAAGCUGCGGAUAUCGAUUUCGACUAUAACGAGAAACGGGUUUCAGUAUCUUUAGUUUCCACUGAUACCUCAGGGAGCCGCGAAACGGGUUACCAUGGGGCUCUUGCGGAGGAUGAACUCAUCAAUAAGCUUACUCAAACUAUGGCUUCCGAAGAAUUCGACGAGGAUUCGAAUUAUGAAGUUAUCGAUAUAAUAGUCAAUGCCGGAAAGGAAUUUUUCGCUACUAUACCCCCGUUCCUAAUCCCUACGUCUUUUCAGCAACAAACUUUACACUCAAUUAUUUAUCCUGAAACGUUCUACCUUACAUUUAGGACAGUCGACGGUAAUCCCACCGUCACGCAAGUUGCCGCCCCCGAAAGGCUUCUAAACUUCUGUUCGGAAUUUCAAAUUGAUGACAGUCUCCCACGGUACUCCUCUGAGGAUAUAAUCGUUUCGAAGGCGUUAAUCGAGCAUGGCAAAGUUACUAAAGUUGUUAUUAAUGGGCAAGAUAUGCUCUGUAAGGCCGAAGAGAAUGGAAUCGAAACCACAUCGUUAUUAAGGGAAAUUUCGAGUUUGCAAACUAUCCGCAAUGCAAACUCGGGGUGUAUUAGAGUGCCAAAAUUAUUGGGAUACGUUAAACAUCCUUUCGAUGGCAGCAUAAUUGGCUUCCUUCGUGAAUGGAUUCCAAGCAGUAGCUUCGGGCAGAGUUUGAAAGAUAUCAAAGUGGAUGAAGCACCUCGGGAACUAAGAGAAAAGUGGGCAGUUCAAAUACGUCAAUCUCUUCAUGAGCUACACCGUAUUGGGGUAUUUUGGGGGGAUGGAAAGCCGAGCAAUAUUAUUAUCGAUGAUAAUAAUGAUCUUUGGCUGAUUGACUUUGGCGAUGGAUGGACAAACGGAUGGACAGAGGAGAUGUCAGUUGGUACAUUAGCUAGUGAUAGGCAAGCCUUAGAAAAGAUUUUGAAAUACCUAGAAGUUGAGUAA